AUGGUUGCCAUCCAAGCUAUUCGCAAAUCUAAUGCUCGCAUUGCCGAACUGCCACCUGGCCUCGUUGCACUAUUUCUCGGCGCCACAAGCGGCAUUGGUCAGAGUGCCUUGGUUCAAUUCGCUAGAUAUGCAGUGCGGCCGCACAUCUAUAUUGUAGCCCGGCGCGCCUCUUCGAUCACGGCGCUGUUGGAUGAGCUUCGCAAGAGCAACGGCGAGGGUACCUAUACGACCAUUGAGAAAGAUGUCUCCCUCAUCCGCGCCACCAGUGAUGUCGUCGAAUUUAUCAAAGCUCGAGAAACCAAGCUGGAUCUUCUGUUCGAGUCCGUUGGCUUUAUCUCUUUCAGCGGCCGUCAGGAGACAGCCGAGGGUCUCGAACCAUCGAUGACGACUCGCUACUACAGCCGGAUACGUGCUGUACAUGGACUGCUGCCGCUGCUCAACGCGGCUGCGAGCCCGCGGGUGGUGUCUAUCCUAGCCGGCGGGCAAGAGGGCAGAAUGAAUGAGGAAGACUUGGAUCUUCGCAUGCAGGGCAACUACUCUAUCCUCGCAGCAGCAGUUCAUUCAGCCACUAUGCUUACACUGGCCUCUGAGCAUCUCGCCCGGGGAAACCCAGCCAUAUCCUUCGUGCACGCCUUUCCAGGCGCCGUUGCGACACCUCUCCUCUCCCGGGGAUCUACUGGGCUGGUACGUCUGCUAAUGAACGGGCUUGUUUACCCGGUGGUUAAAUUUUUCGCCACCCCGGUCGACGAGGCGGGGGCGAGGGCCCUGUUCUACUUAACUAGUGACCGAUAUUCGAUUAAGAAUGGCACCGUUCCAUUGUCUGAUGGAAUAAAGAAGUCGCCAAUGUCUGCAGGAGGUAUCUUUCUAAGCAACGAGAAAAGCGAGAGCGUGGAUAAUGAGAAAGUGUUGGCAGACUUUCGGGCGAGAGGGGUCGAGAAGCAGGUCUGGAGACACACAAUAGAAAUCUUCAAUGGCUGCGCGGAAAAACCUGCGACUUGA